AUGCGAAAGUUGGAAUGGGAGGACAUGGGAGUGAAGGCUGAUGGUCGGCAGCUACACCAUUUGCGCUUUGCUGAUGACAUCGUACUGAUAUCAUCUAGCAUCAGCCAAGCGGAACGAAUGCUGACCGAAUUCGACGAAACAUGUGGAUGCAUCGGUGUUCAGCUGAAUCUACAAAAGACGAUGUUCAUGCGGAACGGAUGGGUCUCGGAUGCCCCAUGCACGCUCAACGGAACGAACAUAUCCGAAUGCACCUGCUACGUUUAUCUGGGUCGGGAGCUAAACAUGAUGAACGACCUGGCCCCCGAGCUGGGCAGGAGGAGACGAGCGGCUUGGGGAGCGUACAAGAGCAUCGAGGAUGUAGUGAAGAAGACCAGGAACACCCGGCUCCGUGCUCACCUCUUCAACACCACCGUACUUCCUGCUUUGACCUAUGCUUCGGAAACCUGGACAUUUCGCGAGCAGGAAGAAAACGCGGUGAGUGUCAUUAAACGCGCAAUUGAGAGAGUGAUGCUAGGAGUAUCCCGUUUAACGCAAGUGAGGGACGGGAUUCGAAGUUCUCUUCUACGUCAGCGAUCGAAGAUUAGAGACGCCUCCGCGUUUGCCAAGGAAAGUAAAAUAAGGUGGGUCGGACACGUGAUGCGCUUUAAUGACAACCGUUGGACCAGAGCCGUGAGCGACUGGGUUCCCCGCGAUAUUAAGCGCACUACAGGAAGACCGCCGACCCGAUGGUCAGAUUUCUUCACGAAGUCCUUCAAAGAAAAAUAUGAUGCUUUUCGUGUCCCACGCGAAAGGAGGAACCACUGGGCUACUCUGGCACGCGAUCGGGAAAAAUGGAAGAAUUACUGGCGCCCGCUCGACCAGUUCGAAGAUCAACUGGAGUCAAGGUGA